AUGCCUGCUGUAGAACGUAACGUGACAUCUGUUGCCUGCACUGUCUGCGAUAUGGUUAUAAGCCGCAAGGCAGAUCUUCCGAGACAUAUGCGGACGCAUGCUGAAGACAAGGAAGCUCUUAUGCAUGCAUGCCCAUUCCCUAACUGCGAUCACAAGACCCUCCAAAAGUCCAACAUGCUGACGCACAUCAGAACCCACACCCGUGAAUUCUCCAAGACCUGCCCUCACCCUGGGUGCGCGUUUGCCACUACAGAUCCAGGCAGCUUGACGCGUCACCGCAAGGUACUACAUGGCUACGAGCCCAAAGCGCGUUGCAGCCCCGGUGGCAAAGCUGCUCGACGGUCCGCCGCCGCGCCUUACCCCUCCACUCAAUUUAUGAAGCCAGAGGCAGAGAUUCCUGCAUCGCUGGAUCUCAAUGAGCCAGCAUUUCCCGAGCUAGCAGGCCUCGUUCGCUGCGAUGCGCUCUCACCCGCUGAGUCCAGCGGUUCUGGUAUCUCCCAAAUCUCAGGCGAGCUCGACGAACUCCCCUGGCAGCGACUCUUCCCCGACCUCCCCGUCGAGGCCUUCACCUCCGUUUAUGAUAAGCCCUCUCAGCUCCCCAUCCCCACCUCCAACUACUACCAGCCUCCGACUGUCCCUGCUGGUUCUUCUACUCUCCACAUGCCGCAGUUUGACCCGGAGCUGGCCUCCAAUGUCAACUAUCAGCAGCCCGUUCCAGACGUUCCAGAUAUGCCAGCUGAACUGGACGAGUUUUUGCAGAAAUACGGCUCAGGGUUCUUUGAAGGCCGCUGCGAGUGCCCGGACAGUGCAACGUAUUCGAUGGCCCAGCCCUCGUUUACGAACGAACACAACGCCGACUGA